UGCUCCAUCUCCAAUAUAUAUAUCCAGAAAUUUUAUAGUUUCUACUACUAGAAGUCAUAGUGUUGAUAGCUAAGAAAGACUAUGAACACUCAAGAAACAAUCGUACAUGAUCUUGAAAAUCCAUUGUUAUUAUCAGCUCCUCAGAAAAAUGCAAAUAAUGGUAGUUUGGUGAGGAAAAAUGAGAUAGUGAUGGAAGCGAUGAAACAAAUAAAGUUAGCAGGGCCUCUAAUGGCGGUUAAUUUCUUGCUGUUUUCAUUACAAGUUAUCUCAGUUAUGUUUGUUGGUCAUCUAGGAGAGCUCCCUCUGGCUGCUGCUUCUGUUGCUACUUCUUUCGCCUCCGUCACCGGUCUUAGCUUGCUGAAAGGAAUGGGAAAUGCUCUGGACACAUUUUGUGGUCUAUCCUACGGAGCAAAGCAGUACCACAUGCUAGGCAUACACACGCAACGAGCAAUGGUAGUUCUCAUCUGCAUCAGCAUUCCCCUUGCCUUUAUAUGGAAAAAUACAGGUCAAAUUCUUGCAUUUUUAGGACAAGAUCCUGAAAUCUCAGCUGAAGCAGGAAUCUAUGCUCAUUACAUGAUUCCUAGCAUAUUUGCAUAUGGUCUCCUUCAAUCUCACAUUGGAUUUCUUCAAGCUCAAAACAAUGUUCUUCCUAUGAUGCUUACUACUGGAUUUACAACUCUACUCCAUAUUCUUGUUUGUUGGUUGAUGGUGUUUAAGUCUGGUUUAGGCUACAAAGGCGCGGCGUUAUCGAAUGCUAUAUCCUAUUGGAUUAAUCUAUUGCUGCUAGCUAUUUAUGUGAGGGUGUCUCCUACUUGUAAAGAGACAUGGACUGGUUUCUCGAAGGAGGCUUUUCGUGGUAUUCCUGAGUUUCUUAGACUUGCUGUACCUUCUGCACUUAUGUUGUGCUUGGAAGUAUGGACAUUUGAGAUGAUGGUUCUGCUUGCUGGUUUUCUUCCCAAUCCAAAGCUGGAAACCUCUGUUCUCUCUAUCAGUCUCAAUACAUGUUCGGCAUUAUUCAUGCUACCACUCGGAUUAAGUGGAGCAGUAAGCACAAGAGUUUCCAAUGAACUAGGGGCUGGACGACCACAUUUAGCUCGAUUAGCGGUAUACGUAUCGACAGUGAUGGUAGGAAUAGAAGGGAUCUCAGCUGCAUGUUUGUUAAUUUUGGGGCGCAAUUUAUGGGGAUAUUGCUAUAGCACAGAAGAAGAGGUAGUCAAAUAUGUUGGCCAAAUGAUGCUUCUUCUUGCAGUUUCACAUACUAUUGAUGGCAUUCAAGCUGUAUUGUCAGGGACGGCUAGAGGAUGUGGUUUGCAAAAAAUUGGAGCUUUUAUCAAUCUGGGAGCUUAUUACCUAGUAGGCAUUCCUUGUGCCUUGUUGUUAGCAUUUGUAUAUCACUUUGGAGGCAAGGGAUUAUGGACAGGAAUUAUAUUGGCUUUACUCGUCCAAGCAUUUCUUCUCCUAUUCAUAACAUUACGUACAAACUGGGACAAAGAGGCGAAAAAGGCCAAAGACAGGUUAAACAAUCUAAUGGUCCAUUAAGGGUAUUGGGUCAAGCAUUUUUUUCGCUUUUGUAAUGAUGCACCUGCAUGUUUGCUUUUGAAGAAGUGCAAUAGAGGCUAUGUUCAGUUCA